CACAUUCUCAUAGAGCACCGCUAAUCUGUCAACGAGGUGCAGGCAAAAGAAAAACUCCACCGCAUAACAUUUUUUGUAUAAACCGAAUUUAAUUGUUUAAAAAUACAAAUAAAAUAAAAUACAAUGGCAUCUGUUACCGCAUUCUCCGAAGAUCAGUUCGGAAAGAAAUUGGAUCGGUGUAUCACAGAUACUUUGGUCAAAGCAGGUGGGGGUUUUUUAAUCGGUUCAGUGGUCUCAUUGCUAUUCUUCAAACGAAGAGCGUUCCCACUUUGGCUCGGCACCGGAUUCGGAUUUGGUUUUGGCUAUAGAAACUGCGAAACUGCACUCAACUCUAACGAAAAGUUCUAAUUGCAGAACACCAACAAGGAAAACUAAUUAAAAAAGAAAUGAAAAGAAAAUUGCAUAGGAAAAAUGAUGAAUAAAACCAUUUAAUUGAUAUAAGCAAA